AGUGUCCGCACAGCCAUGUACUCAUUUAUGGCAGGAGCCAUAUUCAUCACGGUCUUCGGCAACCUGACCAUGAUAUUUUCCAUUUCCUACUUCAAGCAGCUGCACACGCCGACCAACUUCCUCAUCCUCUCCAUGGCGGUCACGGAUUUCCUCCUGGGCUUCACCAUCAUGCCCUACAGUAUGAUCAGAUCGGUGGAGAACUGCUGGUAUUUCGGGCUCACAUUUUGCAAGAUUCAUUAUAGUUUUGACUUGAUGCUUAGCAUAACGUCCAUUUUCCAUCUUUGCUCUGUGGCCAUUGAUAGAUUUUAUGCUAUCUGUUAUCCUUUACGGUAUUCCACCAAAAUGACCAUUCCAGUCAUUAAGCGGUUGCUACUUCUCUGCUGGACAGUCCCCGGAGUGUUUGCGUUUGGAGUGGUCUUCUCGGAGGCCUACGCUGAUGGAAUAGAGGGCUAUGACAUCUUGGUCGCUUGUUCCAGUUCCUGCCCAGUAAUGUUCAACAAGUUAUGGGGGACCACCUUGUUCAUGGUGGGUUUCUUCACUCCUGGGUCUGUGAUGGUGGGGAUUUAUGGCCAAAUUUUUGCAGUAUCCAAGAAACAUGCUCGUGCGAUCAACAACGUAUCAGAAAACCAAAACAAUCAGAUGAGGAAAGAUAAAAAAGCAGCCAAAACUUUAGGGAUAGUGAUGGGUGUUUUCUUGCUCUGUUGGUUUCCCUGUUUCUUCACAAUUUUGUUGGAUCCGUUUUUGAACUUCUCUACUCCGGCCAUGUUGUUUGAUGCUUUGACAUGGUUUGGCUAUUUUAAUUCCACAUGUAAUCCCUUAAUAUAUGGCUUCUUCUAUCCCUGGUUCCGCAGAGCACUUAAGUACAUUUUACUAGGUAAAGUUUUCACCUCACAUUUCCAUAACACUAAUUUAUUUAUUCAAAAAGAAGCUGAAUAG